CUUUCUAUGAGAAAUGCUCAGGAGGAGGAGCCUCCAGACCCACAGCUCGUGCGAUUGGACAACAUGCUGCUGGCCGAAGGUGUGGCCGGUCCUGAAAAGGGGGGCGGAGCCGCUGCGGCGGUCUCUGCUGCGACCAGCUCUGGCGGGAUGUCACCUGACAGCUCACUGGAGCACUCCGACUAUAAAAGCAAGUUGAGCCAAAUUCGGAACAUUUACCACACAGAGCUGGAAAAAUACGAGCAGGCCUGCAGUGAGUUCACCACCCAUGUUAUGAACCUCCUGAGGGAGCAGUCUCGCACCCGUCCCGUAUCUCCGCGUGAGAUCGAGCGUAUGGUGGCCAUCAUCCACCGCAAGUUCAGCUCCAUCCAGACGCAGCUCAAACAGAGCACCUGUGAAGCGGUCAUGAUACUGCGCUCGCGCUUUCUGGACGCCAGGCGUAAACGGCGUAAUUUUAGCAAACAGGCCACAGAGGUCCUGAACGAGUAUUUCUAUUCCCAUCUCUCGAACCCGUACCCGAGCGAGGAGGCCAAAGAAGAGCUGGCCAAGCAGUGCGGUAUCACUAUGUCUCAGGUGUCCAACUGGUUUGGCAACAAGAGGAUUCGCUAUAAGAAGAACAUUGGGAAGUUCCAGGAAGAGGCCAAUCUGUAUGCCAUGAAGACGGCCUUAGGGGCGACACAGAGCGAGGAAUCCCCCCACACUCCAAACUCCACGGGCUCAGGGUCGUUCUCGCUGUCAGGGUCAGCUGACUGCUUCCUCGGAGUUCCUCCAAUGAACGGAGAGCAGCCGUCCUAUCACAUGGGGGCUCAGGACGCUCCAUCACGCUUCUCAGACAGACUCUAUAGUACCAGAGAGAGCCGGACUAAUGGUAACUGGCAGGAGCAGAACACGCCUCCCUCGGCCACUUCACCCGGCAGCGAUCACUCCGACAACUCUGACUGAUGAACUCCUGCCACCAGGACGAAAGAAUGAUGCUCACUCUUCUACCCUACUGCAGUUUUAGUUAUUCUCAUUUUUGUUUUUAGAAGCUCAUUAUCGGACUGAAAUACGAGCAGAGAUUUUCCGUGUAAAUCGUUCAUACAGCUGUUCUUAUGAAAAUUGGCGUAUUCCAUUCAAUACGGUAAUUUACAAAAUAAUGGGCCGUAUUCAUGAAGUAAACUGUUUGUAAAAUUGUAUUUUUUUAUUUUGCAUUGACUUCAAUGUGAGCAGAACUGAUUUCAGUCAAAAUGUCUUGUGUGUGUGUGUGUAUAUAUAUUAAUAUAUAUAUAUAUGAAUAGUUCAGAUGCAAAAGCCUCUAAGUGCCAUCUGAAAUUUUCAUCUAAAAUUAGUGCAG